AUGGAAGAAGCCCUUGCCCUAUUGAUGUGCUCAGGCGAUCCGCCUCUCUUCGUUUUGAGCUUUUUUAUGGGUCCGUUGGACCUUCUUACCCAUCAAAUACUAUUAAGUUGUCACAUACUUGGCAUGCCCCUGUGGAUAGUGCUUGGCAUCGGUCUUCCUUGGAAGGAGACGUGGGAUGUAUCAUCUGUAAUUCUGAAAAUGUAUUUGUUUGCAAUUCUAGCACGUUCAUUUCCUGGUCCUCAUCAAUUGAAUUUGAAGCCGAAGCUGUCCUGGGAGGCUUGCUUCUUGCCCAUGAGGGUGGCCAUAGGAAUGUGA